UCUGUCCCUUCCUCUGCUGCUGCCUCUGCCCUGAACUGAGCUCUCAACCCGCAACACCAGCAGGAUGUUAAACCACCUCUCCCUCACGAAGGCGCUUCUCGCUCUUGGGUCCCUGGCAUCCUGGGUAACUGCAGGAGAGCACGAAUUAGUUGGUGGAUGUCCUGCUGACCCUCUUCCAUGCGAGGAGCUGUGUGACGGGGACACAUCUUGUCCCCAGGGAUACAAGUGCUGCAGCACUGGCUGUGGCCAUGCCUGCCGAGGAGACAUCCAGGGAGGGCGGGAUGGCCAUUGUCCCAGAAUCCUGGUGGGCCUGUGUAUUGUCAACUGCAUGGUGGAUGAGAACUGUCAACCCGGGGAAAAGUGCUGCAAGUCAGGCUGUGGCCGCUUCUGCAUCCCCCGGCUCCAGUCACUUAAACAGCUCACAGACUCCAACGGGACCCAUGGGUCUAAUCCUAAAUUAGAGGCUGGAGCACCCUAGCUGUCCUGACUGUCUGGGGCUCCAGGAAUCUUCUGGAAGCCAAGAGGGGUGAUGUCCUAGGGUUUGUGACAUCCCUCAAUUAUCAGUCCUUCUCUUCUUUGCUUCUACUGCUGCCUGGAGCACACGGAACAGCCCUGGGGACAGACACUUCUCUUUCCCAAUAAAGCGCUGGCAUGGACCCUCUUGUCUGUACUGUGCAGGGGCUCAGAUGAGGAGGGAGCUAGUGUGUCUGCUUGUGCAUGACGCUGGCCUAUGAAACCUAUAGAAUAAAGAAAGAUAGCAGAUUCUUUUUUUUUAAUGUAACACAUAUAAAAAAGAGUAUUAAUGUGCAAC